CAUCAAGUCUUCCAAAGCCAAUGCACACAAACCAAAAGCGUUUGGCCAACGUGCUCAGGAACCCCAAAAUCUAUAAUAAUAAUAAAUAAAUAUUUAAAUAAUACAAUAACUAAUACAAAUAAAACAGCAGUUAAACAAGUCAAAUAAAAUGAAGUCGGUUCUUCAAAGGCUGCUGACUGCAAAACGAGUUGCAAGAUAAUUUUUGGGGCGAGUUGCUGGAAAAAUCAAUAGCUGACACAAAAACCGAAUGCGAAAAUGGCAGUUGAGAAUGCAUCAAAGGAAAUGCAAUCAAUAUGCAUGCAUUCGAGCAGCCCCUCAAGUGUGGAAAUCCAACAAAUCCAACGAAAUGAAGAAGAAACCUAAAUAUAUCUAAGCAAUGGGCGGCUUUUGUUGUUGGUGGUGGCUGCCACCAGUUCGAGCACCCACCCACCCACUAAACGGAUUAGCUGCGUCGUAGUGGUUGCUUUUAAUGUUGUUUCAAUUGAAUGCAGAGUGCAACCGUCAAAUGGAGCCUUAUUCAGCUCACAUUGGGAGAGAUGCAGUGUAAUGUGUAAUGUGAGCUUCAACAGCUCAGAAACUGAAAGCAACAAAUCACUAAAUAAGUCUUCCAAACAUAGCUCGUAAUUUAGUUUAGUCUUAGUCGGUAAAUGGAGUCAAGUGAACGCGCUAGAAGCUUGCCAUAAACGGAGUUACAAAUACUUAACUUAAAUAAUAUCCAAAGUCUUCCAAACAAUACCAAAAUAAAACAAUUUAUAUGUAUAAACAAAUGUAGCGAAGUGUGAAGCUAUACAAAUGCUAAUCCAUUCGUCUUCCAAUUAAUUCAAUAAGCGUUUAAAUUUAAAACAUACAAAAGUAUAUUUUUAUAUUAAAGAUUUUGAUACGCCAAAGUCUUCCUGAAAUGAAAUAUAAUAUAUCAAAAUAAUAAAUAAGCUCACAAACGUGUCUAUAAAAUGCAGAGAAUAUAUGAAUAUAAAUAAUCGCACAAGCGAGUCUAUAAACAUUGUAAAAAAUAAUACUGUUUAAAGUGUGAAAAAAGUGCAACAAAUAUAAAUUUAAAUCUACGAUAAUCCGCUGUCUUCCAGAUAAAACGAUUUCGAAUACAUUAAGAAAUAAUUCGUAAAUAUAUUUACUAACUUAUUCAAAUAAAUAUAUAUAUUUAUACUAAUCCACUGUCUUCCUGUUUAAAUUGUGGAAAGAAUUAAAUAUAAUAAUAAUACAUCUUGCUGUAUCUUAUUAUACACUAAGUCAACUGUCUUCCUUAUAAAAUCGUGCAACUAACAAUAUUGUUAAAUUUAUAACAAAUAUUACGACAUUGAUUAAAGUCAACAGAUAUUUUUUAUAAAGACAAUUAAACAAAAAAUAAAACUACAAAUAAUUAUUUAAAUAAGAAAAUAAAAACUAUAAUAAUAAUAAAAUAACAUAAACAUUAACAUUAACUCACUUGCCAAACAACCCCAUUUAAAACGAACUCUCCAAAAAACCACUCGAAAAAUUGAAAAUGCUCUCCUCGGAAAUCUACACGAGCGCAACAACGACGGCGACAGCGACGGCCACAGCAAUGGCGACAGCCACCUCGACGGCAGCCACAACGACAACAACAAAAGCCUCCACCAGCAGCACAUUGCAUGUUGUCCUCAACAACAAGAAGAAGCGACGCAAGAAACGCCGCAAACGCGCAGGACACGCAACCGGCUGUAACAACAGCAGCAGCAAUAACAACAGCAGCAGCCACAACAACAACAGCAGCAGCAACAACAUUAACUACAGCAGUAACAUUAACAGCAGCAAGGCCAUAGUUGGAUGUUUGGCUGGGAAAUGUAAAGCACAAUAUUUUCAGCACGAUAAUCGCGAGUAUAUUGCCAAGUAUGAGAGUUUCCACUUUACGGCGCAGGCAACGGCAACGGCGGCGGCCCUCAAUUAUGCCGCCGUUGCUAAGAAAUUCAAGCCAUUGCGGCCGGUUUUGGCAAGCGGCGCCAAGAAGAACAGGCGAACAGCAAUGCCCAGAAAGUUGCAUGGCGACUGCGCCUGCGUCUGUCAGAGUCCAACACGUAUGAUGACGCAAUGCCCGCAGGAGUUGCUGCUGCGAGCAGCUGUUGAUGGCCAACGGGACAUGCCCGUAAAUAAAACACCCAAAACUACACCAAACAACAACAACAAGAAAAUCAAUCUGCCGGCGCUGCUCGGGGAGCUGCUCAAGCAUUCGUCGAGCUCAUUGCUUGAGACGCUGCUCCUCGGUGCUGGCAGCGCAGCGGUGGCGAGCGCUCGCGAUACCCAUCAAAUUGCUGAAGCACAGCAGCAGAAGAACGCCAAAUUGCGCGAAGCCUUCAACAUAUCCGAGUACUUUGUGGAGGGCAGCAGUUUCGAUUGUGAUCGCAAGGCUAAGGAGGACUUGGCCAAGAGUGUGGCGCUCCAAAAAGAGCUGGACGCACAGCGCGAGAGCCUCGCAGCGGCGGCGGCGGCCGCAGCGACAGCAGGCAAAGGAGACAAGGAGACGGGCAAACGUUAUGCCUUGCUACGCACCCCGUCACGGGAGCGGGAUGAGGCAGUGGCAAGUGGCAAGGCCGCUGCCAGUGGCGAUGAGCGCGACCAUGUGUCCAAGUCGGACAAGAAGAAGAAAAAGAAGCGCGCUAGGGAGAGUUCGGCAAGUCCUGAGCGCCGCAAGGACAAGAAGAAAAAGUCGAAGAAGCACAAGAAAGAAAGUAAAUCGAAAAAGAAGAAAUCCCGCAAGCGUAAAUAUAGCGGCAGCGAUAGCGCCGAUAGCGAUAAGGAUAGCGAUGACGAUAACGAUGACGGGGAGGAGGAUGAAGAGCAGGCCAGCAGCGACGCAGAGCGUGAGUUGAAGAGUGCACGCAAGAAAGCCAAAAAGGAAAAGGAUAGCUUUCAAAGGCUCUCUUGUAGUUUUAAAAAACGCGAUAAAAAGCUCAAGAAGAAGAGUCGCACACGUGCCAGCUCAACGGACUCGGCACGUUCCAACUCUCCUGUGCGCAAGUCCAAGAAAUCGGCCAAAAGCCGCCCGCCGCCUGCGGAUGCUGGCAGUGGCACGCCUCUGGACAAUCCAUUCCGCAGUCGUUCGCCGGAGCGACGCAAGGAGACCAAGUCGCGGCGAAAUGAUUCCUCGCCGGACAGUCGACGGGAGAACAGUCGGCGCCACAAGUCCAAGGAACGUCAGGCGGCAACACAAACACCACCGCAACGACAGCGCUCCAAGGAGAAGCGGCAACGUUCUAAGGAGAAACAGCGCUCCAAGGAGCGACAAAGGUCCAAGGAGAGGCAGCGCUCCAAGGAGCGACAUAGGUCCAAAGACAGAGCAACGUCCAAGGAGCGUCAGCAAUCAAAAGAACGGCAGCAGCGUCAAAAAGAAAGGAAACGCUCAAAGGAGCGACAAAAGUCCAAGGAAAGACUGCGCUCCAAGGAGCGACAGAGAUCCAAAGAGAGACUAAGAUCUAAGGAGAGACUGCGCUCGAAAGAUAGACCAAAAUCGAAAGAGAAAUUACGCUCCAAAGAGCGUUUAAAAUCCAAGGAGAGAGUGCGCUCCAAAGAGAGAUUUAAAUCAAAGGAGCGAGUAAAAUCCAAGGAGGUUUUGCGCUCAAAGGAACGACAGCGAUCAAAGGAGAGAUUAAGCUCCAAAGAGAGGCAACGCUCUAAGGAUAGACAGCGUCUGUCCAAGGAACGCCUUCGCUCCAAGGAGCGACUGCGGUCCAAGGAACGCCUGCGUUCUAAAGAACGACUGCGCUCUAAGGAGCGACAAAAGUCCAAAGAGCGAGACCGAGGGCAAAAACGCGAGCGCAGCAAGGAGCGUCGUCGUGAGCGUCAUUCAGUUUCACGCGAAGAUCGCAAACUGGGUCGCUACUCACGCUCCCGUUCCCACUCGCACAAGAAGCCGCAGCAAAGCCCAACGCCGGCGGUAGCAGUGAACAGUAGGCAACGGACACGCUCACCCAAUCUGGUGCAGUCCAAGAAGACUACGACAAUAGCGGCGCCCGCAUUCAAUCCCUUCAAAGCGGCCGAGGACACUGUCAACGAUAUACUGGGCACCAAGUCGGUAAUGGUGGCGCUCGAGCAAACGAAGCGCAAGCGUGCAGAUUCCAGCUCGAGCUCAUCCACCAGUGACUCCAGUGACAGUUCGUCUCACAGUGAGGCAGCCACGCCCACGCCACGCAAGCAGCGGCGUCGCAGUCAAACGCCGGAGCAGCCAAAGCGUGAAUUGAAUUUAAAACGGGAGCCAGCAGGAAGCACCAAUUCCCGAAAGAGCAGCAGCAACAUUGUCAAGCGCGAACGCUCUGGCACGCCCCCCAAGCCCAGGUCAAAGAACAAGGACAAAGACAAGGAUAAGGAUAAGGACAAAGGCAACACGCCGAGCCCAAGGCCAAAGCGUCGCUCGGGCAGCUCUCAAUCAUCCGAACUGCACUAUUCCCCCGCUGAACGCAAUCCCGAACGCUAUCAGGACAUUGUGCAGCCGGAGAAAAAAAGGCAUCAUGACUCAGGCGCCGCCGCCGGCAGCACAAAACCAGUGCCAGUGGUGCGACUGCGUGCCCAAAGCGGCGACGAUGGCAGCGAUGCGGAGGCAACGGCCGGAGCUCUGGACGAAUACCAGCAGAGCAGCAAGCGGGAGGAGCUGCAAGAGCUGCAGGAGCUGCGCAUGCUCGAGCAACUGAAAUCGGGCAUUGCAGCGAAGGCCAAACAAAAGAUCAAAACGAUGGAGAAGAAUGGCGGCGGCGCCGAUGGAUGCAGCAAGGAUGCACCAGCAGCAGCCAAGGAUGGCGGCAGUGAACCCUUAGUUGCGGCGCUCGCGGACAGCUCGCUGGUGGAUGCCAUUGUCUCCAAGGUGUCAACGGCCACAGUUGCAGCAGCUGAGAGUGCCGCGCGUCGCAGCCGCAGUCGUUCCCGUCGCACCAGCCACAGCCGAAGCAAGCGGCGCACAAGCAACAGUCGUCAUCGCCAUCGCUCCACCAGCCGCUCCAGAUCUCGCUACAGCUCCUCGAGCAGUCGCAGCGGUUCGGGCAGCUCCAGAUCACGCUCCGGCUCGCACUCGUCCCGCUCCAGCUGCACGUCGCGCAGCUCGUCCGGCAGCUCGUCCAGCAGCGGCUCGGGCACAUCACAAUCUGGAUCACGUUCCCCGUCUAUACCGCGACGUCGUGGCUCGCCCAGCUUUCUGGACAGACGUCGCAUUACAAGUGCACGAAAGCGACCCAUACCCUAUCAUCAUCACAAGGGAUCGGGUGAAGGGGGUGGCAUUGCCAAUGGCGAUGGCGACGACCAUGCGGACAAUGACGCCUCCAGCUGCUGCUCCAGCUGCUUCAGCCGCGCCAGCUCACCGGGCACACCCAUCGCCCAUACACCAAUGCAUCAUAGUCGAAGUCCUUCGACGAUUGCAUUCUGAGUGUUAACCGAUUCGUUGCGCCAAAUGUGCAUCGAAUCUGGUGGAGCAAGCGUGGAUCCCAAUUAGCUCUUACUAAUCACUAGUCACAACACACACACACUCCAUUUAAAUGAUACUUAAGCUAACAAACAAUAUUUGUUCUUAGACACAAUCCUUAACGACUAAGUUGUAUAAUUGAUUUUUUUCUAGGCAUUUCUUUAGUAGCUAAAUAAAUAAUAAUAAUGUUGUCACGACCACGAAGAUAUUUAAUGCCAAUAAUACUCUAAUAUACUCGAUUAUUUGCUAGUUUUUAAGCUGCGUUUUUAAAUAAAAACUAUUAUUUGUUGCCAUUUCAAA